AUGGACACAGCUACGUUUUUCGUCGAAGGCACUGCCAAUCAGUUCGAGCACGUACUCUCGCUGUACCCGCAAGCGUUGCGCAUCAAAGCCGAGGCUAAGACGAAAAAGCCCGAAGACCUCAUCAAGUUGGACAAUUGGUAUCAGAAUGAAUUACCAGGAAAAAUCAAGUCAAGGGGAAAAGAUGCACAUUUAAAUCAUGAAGAAAUUUGCCAAAUAAUGAAAUGGAAACAAACAAGAGGAAAAACAUUCCCUCAAUUGAAUUACUUAAUUAAAGUGAACACACCACGUGCUGUUAUGGCUGAGACAAAGAAAGCUUUCAAAAAAUUACCCAAUUUAGGACUUGCACUUACGGCAUUAAGUAAUUUGAAAGGUGUUGGAACCACAAUGGCCUCAGCUUUGUUAGCAGCAGCUGCACCAGACAAAGCUCCUUUUAUGGCUGACGAAUGUCUUAAAGCAAUUCCAGCUAUUGAAGGGAUUGAUUAUACUGCUAAAGAAUAUUUGAACUUUGUAGCCCAUAUUCAGCAAACAGUGGAAAGACUUAAUGGCGAAUGUAGUGAAAAUACAUGGAAUCCACAUUCAGUAGAAUUAGCAUUGUGGACACAUUAUGUGGCAAAUGAAUUCAAACCUGAACUUUUAAGUAGUGUUCCAGAACCAAUUAAGAAGCCAAUAAUUAGUGAACCAACAAAUACCGAUACUCAUAUUAAUGGCAGUGUUAAACAAACAGAGUUGGAUGAACCAACAUCUGAUGAAAGCAAUCCUGAGCCAUUACCACCGUCCAAUGGUCACCAAUUAACAAUUGAAGAUGAUUCUCGUGACAAGUCUGAAGAUGAUAUCACCAAUGACUCUAUAACGACAUCAGAAUCAGCUCAAACACCACUUGCUGAAGCUUUAACAGAGGACUCAUCUAGUCUGCCUGCCCCCGAUGAACCCCCUGUAAAAAAAUUCAAAACUGAAGGUCAGACAGUGGCUGCAGAAGCCAAUGGAAACUAA